GUUCAGUGAAAAUGCGGUUACGAAAGUUGUCAAAUGUUACCUUACAUUUAACCGCGAUAUUUGCAUUGUAUAAAAAAGGAGUACAUAGCCAGAUAAACUUUUCGUCGUCACCAUGCGCCAGUAGCACUCGACAGCAACGGAUUGUCGGUGGUCACGAUUCCGCUCGUGGUCAGACUACCUACAUUGCAAGUCUAAUGAAGCGUGGUGGUCAUUUUUGCGGUGCAACCGUGUUGAAUGAACGAUGGUUCCUAACGGCUGGUCAUUGCGUGUGCAGUGGUCUCAACAAACCCGUUCGUCACAGCCAGAUUAAAGCGAUUCUCGGCCUGUACAAAAUAUCCGAAUUUCAUAGAAAUACCAUCGAGGAUGUCGGUAACAGCCAGAGCACGGCAUAUGAAAUCACCAUUAAAACUAUUGUUUCCCAUCCGGAGUAUUCAUGUUCACUGCCGUACAAUGACAUUGCCCUGCUAGAAUCAUCAAAAUUAAUAUUCUUUGAUCAACACGUGCGCCCGAUUUGCAUAGCUAGCAAAUACGAUGCGUCCGGUCUUGUGGAAGGCAAAAGUGCUAUUGUUUCUGGUUGGGGCUGGAACAACGAAAAUCAAAAGGACGGUAGCAAACCAGAUAUCCUGCAACGUGCAGUAGUUGAUGUGUUUAGUAACGACGAUUGUGAAAUUUUUUACCGAGAUGGAAACAGACCAAGAAGCAUUUCCGACACGCAACUGUGUGCUGGUAAACGAGCGGGUGGUGUGGAUUCGUGUUGGGCUGACUCCGGUGGACCACUGGUUUCUGACGAUGACGUACUGAUUGGCAUCGUAUCGACAGGAAUUGGUUGUGCCAGGGCGGGUUUUCCGGGCAUCUACACACGCGUCAGCGAAUUCAUCAAUUGGAUUGAUAAUAUUGUGCGCAAGUGA